AUCAAUAAAGUAUUAAGGAACACAGAGGAAUAAUUAAUUAGUGUAUAAUUUAAACCAAAUAAGUGUUUAAUUUAGUCAUUUUUUUUUAAGUUAUAAUUUUCUUUUUUAGUACAAUGUAUCUCAAGGUAGUUUUAUGCUUAGCAGCUUUAGUUGCCACAUCUCUAGCCGGUCUAGUAGCGCCAGGAUAUGGUGGAUAUGGACCAGCCGCAGUUGCAACAACAAGUACAGUUAUUGGACAUGGAGCUCCAGCUUAUGGUUACGGACAUGGACCAGCAUUAUUAGCAGCACCAAGAAUAGCAGCACCAGCUUAUGGUUAUGCUCAUGGUCCAGCCUUGAGUUAUGCAGCCCCAGCAUUGGCUGUUGCACACGCUCCAAUCGCUAAAGCUGUAGUAGCUGCCCCACAAGUUAUUGCUUAUCCAAAAUACUCAUUUAAUUAUGGAGUAAGUGAUGCUCAUACCGGUGACCAAAAAUCACAAUGGGAAGAACGUGAUGGUGAUGUAGUCAAAGGACAAUACUCUUUAGUUGAACCUGAUGGUACAGUACGAACAGUUGACUACACAUCAGAUGCUCACAAUGGUUUCAACGCUAUUGUAAACCGUCAAGGACACGCUUCACACCCAGCUGCCGUUGCUAAAGUUGUUGCUGCACCAGCCAUCGCCGCUUAUGCACAUCCAGCAGCAUAUGCGCCAGCUCAUGGGGGUUUAGCUUAUCAUGGUUGAGAAAACGAAUAAAUCAACUGACAUCCGUUAUAUAAGAUUAUAUUAAAUGAUUAUGUUUUUGAAAAUAAUUUCUUUUUAAGAGUUUUAGCUUAAUUUUCAUAGAAAUAUUAUGCUGUAGAUAUAUUACGCUUUACUUUCUCUUUAAGAACUACGUUCUUUUUCGUUUCAUU